UGCAUCAUCCUUCAGGACAUCAAGAAACCUGAUCGUGAUAUGUGGGGCAAUGGACUGAUUGCUAUGCAGUGCGCUCUUCAGCUGGAGAAGAACGUCAACCAGGCUCUGCUGGAUCUGCAUAAGGUCGCCUCUGAGAAGGGAGACCCUCAUCUGUGUGACUUCCUGGAGACUCACUACCUGAAUGAGCAGGUUGAGGCCAUCAAGAAACUUGGUGACCACAUCACCAACCUUUCCAAGAUGGAUGCUGGCAACAACAGGAUGGCAGAGUACCUGUUUGACAAGCACACCCUGGAUGAAGACAGCAGCUAAAUGAUGCCCUCAGAUCAUCUACAUGCUACAAAGCCACCAGCCAUAUAUCAAGCAAGAUAUUCUUAUCACAGCUCUUGUUUAAAAUGUUAAAGUUUGAUAAGUUUAACAUUUUUAAGUUUCAUAAUGCCCAUUAGACAAUUUAGUUUUGCUCUCUUUAUUAAUUGUCAUAGCCAAGCCAUUGCUUUUCUGUUGAAUGUGAACUAAUUGAUUUUAACAUGGUGAGUUUGAUGAAUAACAUUUUUUGGCUGGA